UCCAGUACAUAUAUCUAAAGCCCGGUUAACUGUUCAUCACUGUGCAAAAUGAAGUGGCGCUUUUGCCCUUGCUGUCUCCGUCAAUUACAAGUUUGCCAUUCUUCUACACCCUUCUUACGCGAUGGUUUCUGUUUUAGUCUGAUGGUGGUGGUGUUUCACAAUAGAAAUCAUUUACCAGAGUCCAAAGUUUGUUCUCAUAAUCUCAUCAUCAUCGAGUUCGAUCCCCUCUGAUUCAGUAGAAGAAGAAGUCGAAGCAGUUUUAUACGAGACUGGAGUCUGUGAGAUUCAGAUCGGUGGAGAGAAGAGCGUUUCGUAUCGAAGAUCGUUGGGGUACGAGAAAGAAGAGGAGAGAUUGAAGAUUUUGGUCGAAGAGUUCAUUGAUCUCUCAGUGAAGAAGAAAGAGGUGUAGCUUUUGGAGUCUUUGUUGGAGGUGAGACUUACUCUUGAAGAGCCGAAACAUAAAACCAGAGACUUUGGAAAUCUAAUUUUGAAGGCUCGAUUAUAUGCAAAGAAGUGUGUGUAUUAUUCUUCUGCCGUUGUUCCUCUGUACAUUGUUUGGAAGUAUCUCACUGUCUUAUUGCUAUUCAGAUCUAGAGGACAGCGUGCUGUCAGUCUCUUUUGCUGUUUUGGGUUUAGAUAGAAAUUUUACAGUGAUGGCACCAAAAACUAUGAUGAGAGGAGCAAAAAGAUUGUUAGAACAGUGUGAUGCUGAAAAUCGUCAGAAUCAACAGAAAAUUCAACGAAUCUGCAGUGGUGAGGGCUUUGUUGCAACAAGAACUAGAUGUAAUCGUGUUGAUCAGGUUAAAUCACGUAGAUGGAAAACAGUGUCUUAUCCAGAAAUUGCUGAAGUAUCAAAUAGCAACGACCAAAAUAUCACUGCAGUUGCGAACGAAAAUCCGCAUAUGAUUACAGAAGGUCAAUACUCUCAUCCAUUUGGUCAGGCAUCAUAUCAAAGAAGCAAGCAAGGAUCAAUUGUAAAAUAUGAGGAUUCGGGUGAUAAUGUUCAUGAAUGUGAUUAUUGCAAUGCAUCUUUUUGGUUCGGAGAAGCUGUUAAGCAAUCAUCUUCAAAUGAGCCAAUAAUUAUCAUAUUUGUUUGACUAACAAAAGUGAAAUUUCUCAUUGCAGGAUCAAUUGUAAAAUAUGAGGAUUCGGGUGAUAAUGUUCAUGAAUGUGAUUAUUGCAAUGCAUCUUUUUGGUUCGGAGAAGCUGUUAAGCAAUCAUCUUCAAAUGAGCCUCUCAUUUAUACAAAAUGUUGCAAAAGAGGUCAAAUCAAAAUUGAGCAGCCAAAACCAACACCAAUUUUUCUUGAAAGAUUAUUAGAUCCAAACAAUGGUUCAGAAAGUAAACUUUUCAGAGAAAAUAUAAGAGUUAACAAUUCGAUGUUCUCUUUUACAUCAAUGGGAGUAAAAAUUGAUUAUAAGAUAAA